AUGAAGGACCAAGAGAAGGGAGCAACUCGUACUGGAUGCCCCAAGCGAGGAAUCUUACCCGCUGAAUGCGAUGUCGACAAGCAGCAAGGCCAUUAUCCGGCUCGCGUCCGCAAAACCCCUCUUAGUCUGCUUAACAUCCUUCCAUCCCCUCAUCCACCUCCCCGCGUCGCAUCCGACAAAGACACCCAAAAGAAGCUCAUCGUCGUCGAAGCAUUUGACCUAAUGCCAGCCACCUUUUCGUUGUGGUUUCUUUCGACAAGGGCCUUUGCGGCGUACAUCCAUUCCAAACAACCCUCUGAGGCCGGAAUACCCACCAUCCUUCCACGCUUUCUCCCCUCCGAACCGACAAGACUAUUAUUUAUCGCACCUUUAUCAUUCCUCGAAAUCACGUGA